CCCUGGGAAUCUGGGCGGCUGCUUCUACGUGGAGGGAAAGUAGGGAUGGAGCACAAAGGCACCGAAAUUCGGAACUCCAGGCAUUGGGAUAGUGUGAAUCAGAUCUAAGCCUGUCCUGUGGGAGGAAGCCACCUUGGGGAGCUGAUGCUGAGCCUGGUCCUGGUGCACCUGGAGGCAGGCAAACCCCCUGUGGCUGAAGACCCUUCUGUGGCAUGCUGGGCAGACCCUCUCUUGGCCCUGGUCAGGCUUGUCAUGGGAGGCUCUCUCCACAGCCCCUCCCUGUACUGCUUGAAGGGGUUGCACCUUACUGUCAAGAGGUCAGUGUUAUAAUUUCAACAUCUUUGUGUUGAAAAGCAGUGGCAGUGUUCCUCUCCCUGAUUUCCUCCUUGCCCUGGGCAGAGGACUCGACCUUUCUGGCCUCCCAGCUGCACCACCACCUAUGGCACAGCUGCGGGCUGACCAUGUGUGUGGGUCAUCAGGAAAGCUUGCCUUGUCCUCUGGUCAACAGAGCUUUCCUCUGUCCACCUUCUCUUAGCCAGAAUGGGCUGCUACUGGUGACUGCCACCCUUCUAUUCUAGGACCCAGGCCUUUGGGAGGGUGGGGAUGCUACAAAUACAUAUUGGGUGAGGCUCUCCAGUGCUGUGAACCACACAAUGUACAAUGACUGCCAGUGGGCUUGGGGGUUGGGGGAUGGGCUACAAGGUGAGAGAUUGAGAAUUUGGUCUGGGGGACCCAAAUGUGAUUCUCUCCACAUCCCUUCCCUCCCCCAGCUCACAGUGAGUCAGGUUUCCGAGUUGUCCGGUCUGGCCACUUUCAUUUCCCUUGGGGCUGGGUGGAGGCUAGUGCAGAAAAGGGAACCGAGCCACCCAUCUUCUGAAGCCUGGGGGCAGGGCUGGACGCUCUCCUGCCUUCCCUGUCCCGGCCCAGCACUGGGCACUGCUCUGAGGAGAGGCCUGCAGAUGAGACACCUUAGCGACGUCGAGGUGGCACUUACCUGCCACAACCCAACAAGACGCCUUUGCCAUGAACCAGCCUGCCCCCGCUGCCCUUCCUCCGCCCCGCCGCGUAAGGCUGAAGCCCUGGCUGGUGGCCCAGGUGAACAGCUGCCAGUACCCGGGGCUUCAGUGGGUCAAUGGGGAAAAGAAAUGCUUCUAUAUCCCCUGGCGCCAUGCCACGCGGCACGGCCCCAGCCAGGAUGGAGAUAACACCAUCUUCAAGGCCUGGGCCAAGGAGACAGGAAAGUACACCGAGGGGGUGGACGAGGCCGAUCCGGCCAAGUGGAAGGCCAACCUGCGCUGUGCCCUUAACAAGAGCCGUGACUUUCGCCUCAUCUAUGAUGGGCCCCGGGACAUGCCGCCUCAGCCCUACAAGAUCUAUGAGGUCUGCUCCAAUGGCCCCACUCCUGCAGAGUCACAGCCCAGUGAGGAUUACACUCCCGGUACAGGAGAGGAGGAGGAGGAGGAAGAGGAAGAGCUCCAGAGGAUGUUACCAAGCCUGAGCCUCACAGAAGCAGUGCAGCCCGGUCCCCCCAUGGCACCCUAUUCUUUAUCCAAAGAGGAUGUCAAGUGGCCACCCACUCUCCAGCCGCCUGUGGUGCUGGGUCCCCCUGCUCCAGACCCCAGCCUCCUGGGCCCUGCCCCUGGCAACCCUGCUGACUAUGGGGAGCUGCUUUCUGAGGUCCUGCCAAGCCCACAGCCUGGGACCCUGGCUGCCAGCCUGCCCCCCACAGGCGAACAACUCCUGCCCGACCUGCUGAUCAGCCCUCACAUGCUGCCUCUGACCGACCUGGAGAUCAAGUUCCAGUACCGGGGGAGGCCACCCCGGGCCCUCACCAUCAGCAACCCCCAUGGCUGCCGGCUCUUCUACAGCCAGCUGGAGGCCACCCAGGAGCAGGUGGAGCUCUUUGGCCCUGUGAGCCUAGAACAAGUGCGCUUCCCCAGCCCCGAGGACAUCCCCAGCGACAAGCAGCGCUUUUAUACCAACCAGCUGCUGGAUGUCCUGGACCGCGGGCUCAUCCUCCAGCUACAAGGCCAGGAUCUGUAUGCCAUCCGCCUGUGCCAGUGCAAGGUGUUCUGGAGCGGGCCCUGCGCCUCAGCCCAUGGCUCACACCCCAACCCCAUCCAGCGGGAGGUCAAGACCAAGCUCUUCAGCCUGGAGCAUUUUCUCAAUGAGCUCAUCCUGUUCCAGAAGGGCCAGACCAACACCCCACCACCGUUUGAGAUCUUCUUCUGCUUUGGGGAGGAGUGGCCUGAUCGCAAACCCCGAGAGAAGCUGCUCAUCACUGUACAGGUGGUGCCUGUAGCAGCUCGGCUGCUGCUGGAGAUGUUCUCAGGGGAGCUUUCUUGGUCGGCUGAUAGCAUCCGGCUACAGAUCUCAAACCCAGACCUCAAAGACCGCAUGGUAGAACAGUUCAAGGAGCUCCAUCACAUCUGGCAGUCCCAGCAGCAGCUGCAGCCUGUGGCCCAAGCCCCUCCUGUGGCAGGCCUCAGUGCUGGCCAGGGGCCCUGGCCCAUGCACCCGGUCGGCAUGCAGUAAUGCGGCUGCAGUGACUGGCCCAGGCUUCCAGGGUGGCUGUGCAGACUGAUGUGGAGGUGCGAUGGCCUCAGUGGGCACCUGGUGGGCGGCAGGGUUCUAUCUCUGGGUUCUCUGGAAGUGGAUCUGGGUCACAAAGAAGAGGGAAAAGAGGCCCGAGUUCCAGGUUCUCCUUAGAAGCUGAUGGAAACUGGAAGCCAAUUUUGCUUUGAGGACUCUGUCUUCCUGGAUAUGCCUCUCCUGGGCUGGGUGGGGGAACUGGGGGAACUGAGCCAUCGGCACCAGUGAGGAGGGAAAGAACUCCCCCUGGCUCCAGGGGGCCUAGUUGUACAGAGGGAGUUGCCCCAGAGUGACCCAUACUUGUGGUUGCCCCCAUUUCUUCUGGCAAAAAGAGCCAAGUGCUGUGGGUCAGGUCUCCCUGGCAGGUCCUCUGCAGGGCAUGGACCGGAUAUUGGGGCUCCCUAGCUUGAGCCCCACUUCCUCAUCUUUCUUCCUCCAGAGACAGAGAUGAGCACUUAGGUAUUACACCAGAUACUUAAGGCUGGCAGCUACCUCCCUUCAGAGUCUAAGAACCUGGGGUAGAAAGUGGAAUUUUACGUAUUUUUGGAUUAAUAAAUAUUAAAAAACAGA